GAUUUAUAGGUUUUUUUAUUAUUUUUAUUUUUAUUUUUAUUUUGCAAAAGACGGCGCCAUAGUAUCGAUACAAAUACCACUGAGCGGAAGAAAGGGAAAAGAGAAAGAAAGAAGAAUGGGGCUACAUGCUAGCGGGACGAACGACCCGAAGGAGGUUCGGAAUUGGAGGAUUCAUCUUUUGGGUUUGUUCGCCUGGGAGGUAUCAAAAGGAAGGGUCUGUCCCUGUGCUGAUGAUUAUGGUUGGAUUCAUAGCUUUCGCUGUUUCCAUGAGCGCUAUGGCUAGUGAGUGUGUCCUCUUGUCUCUGUCUUUCGGCACGGCGACUGCGCAAACUGAUGCUCGGGGCGCGCAGUCGGGUAUGAUUCGAGCUUUAUCGGUGGGACACAGGCUUUAGUCGCGUUCAAGGUAUGAUAUCAUGUCUAUACUUGUACAUUAUCCUGCCCGCUCUGUGAAUAACUCGGAGGAUUGCACUAAUAUUCAUAUCUCCCUUCAAGCGCGACUUUGGCCUUAAUGUUCAAAGUCAACAUGUUCGUGAUACUCUUGCUGGUGGGUGCCCCCUUCCUCAUCCCUCUGGAUGCACGGGAGAACAGGGAAGAAAAAAAAAAGCCUGACUCGGCGCAGGAAACAUCGUGUCAACAUUCCAAGCUGGAACCUUCUUUGGCUCCCUCCUGACAUUCCCCAUUGCUGAAAGAUACGGACGUAAGAAGGGGAUGGUGUUGUCUUCGAUUGUGUUUUGCAUUGGCGCUACGAUAAUGGUUUGUCCGCUCUUCGUCCGAGGUACGGUUGCGGUAUAUAUGUGAGGAAGUGAGGGUAAAGCAUGGGAGCUCACUCGUUGGUACUCAAGACUUCCUCUGACGGAAGGUUGUCCAUGAUCUAUGCUGGGAGGGCCAUCACUGGGCUGGGGAUUGGAUGCGCUUCUCUUAUCGUUCGUGAGUGCUCGCCAUCUGGGUCAAAGAUCCGAUUGGGGGCGGCAAUUGAUGAAUGAAAACAGCGGUCUAUAUAGCCGAGACUUCCCCACCGAGUAUUCGCGGUCGUCUAAUCGGUAUAUUCGAAAUCUUGAGUCAGGGUGGUGGCAUGCUAGUUCGUCCCCUCCUCCUCCUGGAUACCUCCGCAUCUGCUUGCUCUUCUAACACUUUAGAAGGGCUUCUGGAUAAACUACAUAGUCGACAGAACCGUUGACCCCAUCGGCCCCACCCAAUGGCUCAUCCCAACAGCCCUGCAACUAGUCCCUGGCGCUCUCCUCUUCGCCGCGUCCCUCCUGGCCCCCGAAUCCCCGCGUUGGCUCUGCCAGAAGGGCGAUUGGGACCGAGCGAGGAUCAAUCUGACCUUCCUCCGCAUGCUGCCCAGGGACCACCAAUUCAUAAAGGAGGAGUUGUCGGGCAUCAAGGAGCAAAUCGAAUUUGAAGCUUCAAAAAGCGGGGCGGAGACGUUCAAGGGCAAGUGAGUAUUUGUCCCAUAUCAACCCUGCGGGAAAGGGGAGAAGGGUGCUGACGUUUUACAGGGUCAAGGAGAUGUGCUCUAAGGGGAAUAGAAACAGGAUUGGAAUCGGCCUUAUUCUUAUGGCUUGUCAGAACCUUACUGGUGUGAACGUUUGUUCCCCCCCCCUUGUGCCCCCCGCUUUAGUUUCUCACUAACGAUCACAUCGCAGAUCAUAACAUACUACUCACCCCGCAUCUUUGAGACCCUCGGCAUAAGGGGUACUUCAACAAAGCUCUUCGCGACUGGCUUCUACGGCGUCGCAAAGACGCUCGGUAUGAUCAUAUUCUCCGUCUGGCUUGUGGAGCGCCUUGGCCGCCGCAAGGGUCUUAUCUACGGCGCCUUCGUCGGUAGUUUACCCAUGUAUGCUUUCCCUUGUUCGAGUGAUUUACUAUGAUGGUGUUGCUGACAAUCACAAAGGUGGUAUAUCGGUGGUUACGUCAUGAAGGCAGACCCAGCACGGGUUGCGGCGGCCGGGCAGUAUUCCAGGAAUGGGUGGGGGUAUUUGGCGAUGGUUUGCGUAUAUCUUUAUGGAUUUGUAGGCUUCUCCCGGGACGGUAACAAGGGUGUAUGGGUUCAUACUGAUGAUGAUGCGCAUAGAUUUACUGCAUGACCUGGCAAGGAAUCACCUGGGUCUACUGGUACGUACCCCAACCCCCGCUCUUUAAGGAAAUCCAUAGCACAAACUAACUUCUACCCAGCUCCGAAAUCUUCCCCAUCGGAAUCCGCAUGAUCUGGUACUCCCCUACCCGUUACCCGUUGCCCCCCCCCCCAGACCGUCACUAACACCCCACAAGCGUAGCAAUUACAACUGCCGAUCAAUGGCUCUGGUCCUUCAUCGUCUCACGCACGACACCUUACAUGAUAACCUCCCUCGGCUAUGGCACCUACUUCUUCUUCGCCUCUCUGAUGGUACUGAUGGGCAUAUGGUCCUUCCUCUUCGUCCCGGAGACGAAGGGCCUCACGCUCGAGGACAUGGAUAGGCUAUUCGGUGUGCCGGAGAGGAACAGCGACGGAAUCAACGGGAAAACUUUCGACGGCGGGGAGAAGGGCCGGACGGAGCUUGAGAUGGUGAAGGGCUGAACUACUCGAGUAUAUAAAUUGGUCUGAUAUGGGAUGUACAGUAUAUAUAUAUAUCGGAAAUGACCAUGUCUUUACGAGAUUAUGAAGUCACGAAUCUGAUAAAAAGGUGAUGAGAAAAUUACCGUUUUCCGCUUUUCAUCUCUUCUCGCUCUUGCUCUUCCCCCCCCCCGUCGGGAAGGGAAGGUGUUCCCGGAAUGGUGCUCGUGGUGCAGCACUUGUCUUUUCCAUAGAGCGCUACACACGGCGCGUCACUAUAUCGGAUUACGGUACUGUAGUAUCACAUCAUGCCUCAUCUCGCUCGGGCAUACCCUAUCCAUAGAGUUAUCCAUCUCACUUAUG